AUGGACUCGGGACGCUCCCCUCCCAGCGAGCCACGCUUUGCUCCCAAUGAAGACGAGAAAAAAGCUCCACUGGAUUCUUCUUCCGAUUCGAGCUCAAGCGCGUCGCGUAGCUCGGGCCUUUCGAGAAAGCAAUCGGCUAUACCUGUAGAGCAUCAAGUCUCGAAUGAAAAUGUGAUCCGACAGGAGUCCUCACUUCAGAGGCAGCUCACACAACAGGAUAUUGCUCGCGCCCUUUCUCAACGACGCAGCACUGGGGCCGCGGGGGCCGAUGAUACGGAUCAGAUAGCGAGAUUGGUCUCGCGGAUGUUUGGUCAGGAAAGGAAGGCCAACUCAGAAGAGGAAAAGACAAGACAUCUUGGUGUGGUGUGGAAAGACCUGACUGUCAGAGGUGUUGGUCUAGGGGCGGCCCUCCAGCCCACAAACACUGACAUCAUCUUGGGUUUACCGAAAUUGAUCAAAGGCCUACUCACCGGCGGGAGGAAGAGCGCGCCACUGCGAACCAUCCUGGAUGACUUUAACGGAUGUGUACGGCCGGGGGAAAUGCUUCUGGUUCUUGGUCGUCCGGGGUCCGGUUGCUCUACGUUUCUAAAAGUCAUUGGGAAUCAAAGAUCAGGCUACAAAAGUGUGGAAGGUGAUGUUCGCUACGGAGGUGCAGACGCCGAAACCAUGGCCAAGAACUACCGUUCGGAAGUUCUGUACAACCCCGAAGACGACCUCCACUAUCCCACGCUCACCGUACGCGACACCUUGAUGUUUGCUCUCAAGUCAAGAACCCCGGACAAAGCAUCACGACUACCCGGUGAAAGUAGAAAGCACUACCAGGAGACAUUCCUUUCUACCAUCGCCAAGUUGUUCUGGAUAGAGCAUGCACUGGGGACUAAGGUCGGCAAUGAACUCAUUCGCGGAGUUUCUGGAGGAGAAAAGAAGCGUGUGUCUAUUGGCGAAGCCCUGAUCACGAAAGCCAGCACGCAAUGCUGGGAUAAUUCCACCAAAGGCCUCGAUGCUAGCACAGCUCUGGAGUACGUGGAAAGCUUGAGAAGCUCAACCGACAUGGCACAUGCCUCUACACUCGUGGCUCUUUACCAAGCCUCAGAAAAUCUCUACAAUCUCUUCGACAAAGUCAUGCUGAUCGAGGAAGGCAAAUGCGCCUACUACGGGCGCACCGAAAAUGCCAAGGCAUACUUCGAGCGUCUGGGAUUUGUGUGCCCUCCUCGAUGGACCACACCUGAUUUCUUGACGUCUGUCAGUGACCCAUAUGCGCGACGCAUCAAGGAAGGCUGGGAGGAUCGAGUUCCACGCUCUGGUGAAGACUUUCAGAGAGCAUAUCGAAAGAGUGAUAUAUGCAAGGAGGCCAAGGCAGAUAUCGAAAACUUCGAAAAAGAGAUCGAGUCGGAGCAGCAGGCGUGUGAGCAGGCCAGGGAAAAGAAGAAAAAGCAAAACUAUACAGUGUCUUUCUAUAAACAGGUUGUUAUACUGACUCAACGGCAAUUCCUCGUCAUGUACGGGGAUAAGCAGACGCUCAUCGGGAAAUGGGUGAUGCUCACGUUCCAGGCUCUCAUCAUCGGUAGUCUCUUCUAUGACCUGCCCCAGACUAGCGCUGGUGUCUUCACUAGAGGCGGUGUCAUGUUUUAUGUACUACUAUUCAAUUCCCUGCUGGCUAUGGCAGAGCUUACGGCUCUCUAUGGAAGUCGACCGGUCAUACUGAAACAUAAGAGUUUCUCCUUCUAUCGUCCAGCGGCAUAUGCCUUAGCUCAAGUGGUCGUCGAUGUUCCCAUUGUAUUCGUUCAGAUCACCAUUUUCGAGUUGAUUGUAUACUUCAUGUCCAACCUUUCACGGACUGCGUCUCAGUUCUUCAUCAACUUCUUAUUCGUUUUCAUUCUGACCAUGACCAUGUACUCAUUCUUCCGGACUAUCGGAGCACUGAGUGCUUCUCUCGACGUUGCCACCCGUGUAACUGGAGUUUCUGUCCAGGCGCUGAUAGUAUACACUGGAUAUCUCAUUCCUCCAUGGAAAAUGCAUCCGUGGCUCAAAUGGUUAAUCUGGAUCAAUCCAUUGCAAUACGCGUUUGAGGCGAUCAUGUCAAAUGAAUUCUAUGAUUUGAAUCUGCAAUGUGUCUCCCCGUCCAUAUUUCCUGAUGGACCCAGUGCACAGCCUGGCAACCAAGUCUGUGCGAUCCAAGGAAGUACGCCAAAUCAGCUUGUUGUGCAGGGAUCGAACUACAUACAGACUGCCUUCACCUACACUCGAUCCCAUUUAUGGCGAAACUUCGGUAUUGUCAUAGCUUGGUUUAUCCUUUUCGUAUGCUUGACAAUGGUCGGAAUGGAGCUCCAGAAGCCCAACAAAGGAGGCAGCACGGUUACAAUCUUCAAAAAAGGCGAAGCGCCCGAGGCUGUGCAGGAGGCUGUCAAAAACAAGGAACUUCCAGGGGAUGUGGAAACGGGAAGUGAUGGAACAGGAACCACCAAUGGGUUCCAAGAGAAGGAUACAGAUGGUUCCAGUGAUGAGGUGCAAGGGAUCGCGCGAAGCACGUCGAUAUUCACCUGGCAAGGUGUGAACUACACGAUCCCUUACAAAGAUGGCCACAGAAAGCUACUGCAAGACGUUCAAGGAUAUGUUAAGCCGGGCCGUCUUACUGCGCUAAUGGGCGCCUCUGGGGCUGGCAAGACUACGCUUCUCAAUACUCUCGCCCAGCGGAUAAACUUUGGAGUCGUCACAGGUACCUUCCUUGUUGACGGAAAGCCUCUUCCUAAAAGCUUCCAAAGAGCAACUGGCUUUGCUGAGCAAAUGGAUAUUCACGAACCUACAGCAACUGUCAGAGAAUCGCUCCAGUUCUCAGCCCUUCUUCGUCAGCCAAAGGAGGUACCAAUCAAGGAGAAGUACGAAUAUUGCGAAAAGAUAAUCGAUCUCCUCGAAAUGCGGCCAAUCGCAGGUGCUAUAGUCGGCGAGGGAGGAGCUGGACUGAACGCCGAGCAGCGCAAAAGACUUACUAUCGCAGUUGAGCUAGCAAGUAAGCCUCAAUUACUGCUGUUUCUGGAUGAGCCAACAUCUGGAUUGGACUCCCUCGCUGCUUACAAUAUUGUGCGUUUUCUUCGACGCCUUGCCGAUGCCGGACAGGCCAUUCUCUGCACGAUCCACCAGCCGUCUGCCGUCCUUUUCGAGCAGUUUGAUGAACUGCUAUUGUUGCAAAGUGGGGGAAGGGUCGUCUACAACGAUGAGCUCGGCACUGAUUCCAAGAGGUUGAUCGAGUACUUUGAGCAGAAUGGGGCCAGAAAGUGCUCCCCUCAUGAGAACCCCGCAGAGUAUAUGCUCGAUGUCAUCGGUGCCGGUAACCCGGAUUACAAAGGGCAGGACUGGGGCGAUGUUUGGGCCAGAUCUACCCAGCACAGUCAGCUUUCAGAGCAGAUUGAGAAAAUCAUUCAGGAGCGACGCAACAAAGAGAUUGAAGGAGGAAAGGAUGACAAUCGAGAAUAUGCUAUGCCAAUCUGGGUGCAGAUAUUGACUGUCUCAAAACGCAGCUUCGUAGCAUACUGGCGAACUCCUCAAUACGCUCUUGGCAAAUUCUUACUUCAUGUUUUCACCGGGCUCUUCAACACCUUCACCUUCUGGCACCUAGGAAACAGUUACAUUGACAUGCAGUCUCGAAUGUUCUCCAUCUUCAUGACUCUCACAAUAGCGCCACCCCUGAUACAGCAACUACAGCCACGAUUUCUCCAUUUCCGUAAUCUAUACCAGUCACGAGAAGCCGGCUCAAAGAUUUACUCAUGGACUGCAUUUGUGACGAGCGCAAUCUUGCCAGAGUUGCCCUACUCGGUCGUCGCAGGGUCGAUAUAUUUCAAUUGCUGGUACUGGGGCGUCUGGUUCCCGCGAGAUUCAUUCACCUCCGGUUUUGUCUGGAUGUUCUUGAUGCUCUUCGAGCUGUUCUAUGUCGGUCUCGGUCAAUUCAUCGCAGCCUUCUCUCCAAACCCACUCUUCGCCUCUCUCCUCGUGCCGACUUUCUUCACAUUCGUCCUAUCCUUCUGCGGUGUCGUCGUACCAUACUCUAGCCUGAAUGUUUUCUGGAGAUCCUGGAUGUACUGGCUCACGCCAUUCCAUUAUCUUCUGGAAGGCUUCCUGAGCGUCGUCGUACACGGUGUUCCCGUCCGCUGUGUCCCCAGAGAGGAAUCAGAGUUCAGCCCACCUUCAGGAAUGACUUGCCAGGAGUAUGCCGGUUCCUACGCAAGCCAGAUAGGCGGAUACGUCCAAGAUGCUGGUAACGGUCUUUGUGCUUUCUGCCAGUACUCUGUUGGCGAUGCCUUUGCCCGAAACUUCAACGUUUACUACUCGCACAAGUGGCGUAACUAUGGCAUAUUCUGGGCCUACGUGAUAUUCAACUUCAUGGCCGUGUUCUUCUUCUCGUGGCUUUACCUUCACGGCGCAAGGAACAUCAAGAGAAGUAUCAGUGCACGGAAGUCGAAGAAAGCUGUCAAACAGUGA